AUGGAAAGGAAUUGGGGAGGAUGGUCGGGCUAUGGGUGGAGUCAGGAUGGCUGGGACUGGAAUGCCAAGGGCCACGAGAAGGGGAAAGGAAAGGAGGAGAAGGGCAAGUCUGCCGACAAGGGCCAGGAGAAGGGGAAAGGAAAGGAGGAGAAGGGCAAGUCUGCCGAGAAGGGCCAGCAGGAGAAGGGAAAAGGAAAAGGAGAAGAGCCAGCCACUGACGGCACAGCUGCCGGCAAGGGCCACGAGAAGGGGAAAGGAAAGGAGGAGAAGGGCAAGUCUGCCGACAAGGGCCAGGAGAAGGGGAAAGGAAAGGAGGAGAAGGGCAAGUCUGCCGAGAAGGGCCAGCAGGAGAAGGGAAAAGGAAAAGGAGAGGAGCCAGCCACCACUGCCGGCAAGAGCCAAGAGAAGGGGAAAAGAAAGGAGAAGGGCAAGUCAGCCGAGAAGGGCCAGGAGAAGGGAAAAGGAAAGGAACCAGCCACCACCGGCACAACUGCCGGCAAGAGCCAGGAGAAGGGGACAGGAAAGGAGAAGGGCAAGUCUGCCGCCGAGAAGGGCCACGAGGAGGGGAAAGGAAAGGAGGAGGGCAAGUCUGCCGGCAAGAGCCAGGAGAAGGGAAAAGGCAAGGGGAAGGGCAAAUCUUCCGAGAAGGGCCAGGAGAAGGCGGCAAACGAAGGAAAAGAGAAGGGCAAGGGAACAGGAAAGGACAAAGGCGACGAGAAGACCUUCGGCCUGGUGACCGCCGAAGGCAUGCGACAGCUGUUCUCCGGAGGCUCGACUCCUGGCAAUGCUGGCCAGACCAAGAGGGCCUUGCAUGAUGCGGCUGGAAAAGGUGGAUCCAAAGGCAAAACAGUGCCCUCCGAGAACGAUGAGAUUUCUAAGAAGUCGCCCCGCCGGAGCGACACCACCGAUACAUGGGCCACCGACACACCAGAUGAGAUGCAGGACGCCCCGGCCCAGGGCCCGGGGUUCGUCUUCCCGGGGAACCCGAAUGCUGCUCGAAAACUGACGGACGAGCAGCGACUGGAGAUUGAAGCCUUGCAAAGGCCUGAGGAUAUCGACUUGCAAGAGCGAAAGCGGCUCAACGAGGGCCUCCGACGCCGCAUGAAAAAUCCACAAGGACUACGAAAAGGAUUGGUCGAGCAGUGGCAAGCGGCUACGUCUGCAACAGACAAGUUUACCUUCCUGAAAGCUUACCUCCUGGAUCGCGAUAUGUCUGCGAUUCAGAUCGAACCGUUGAGCGAAUCGAAGAACACGGAGAAGUUCCAGGAGUUGCCGCUGUGCGAAAUUCGCAUAAAGCAUGGCCAUCUGCCGGGUGGUGAACAGUUCAUCAAAGACCUCUUGGCGAACCAAAAGGGAAAAGAGCACCCGCAAACGAGCGAUCCCGAGUGGCGGCUGUACAAAGUUUUCGUCAGUGUCGACCUCGACAGACUCUAG